CGAUUCAUUUCAUUUCACUGAUCCUUCGAUCGAUCCCACUCCUCAUUGAUUCAUUCAUCGAUCGAUAUCUAGCUACCUAGCUUGCUGGAUUAAUAUAUCGAUCGAAUUGAUCGAUGGAUCAUCAGAUGAUGUCGCCGGCGACGUCGCUGCCGCCGGGGUUCCGGUUCCACCCGACGGACGAGGAGCUCAUCCUGCACUACCUCCGCAGCCGCGCCGCCGCCGAGCAGUGCCCCGUCCCCAUCAUCGCCGACGUCGACAUCUACAAGUUCGAUCCAUGGGACCUCCCACCCAUGGCGGUGUACGGGGAGAGCGAGUGGUACUUCUUCAGCCCGCGCGACCGCAAGUACCCCAACGGCAUCCGCCCCAACCGCGCCGCCGGCUCCGGCUACUGGAAGGCCACCGGCACCGACAAGCCCAUCCACGACAGCUCCACCGGCGACAGCGUCGGCGUCAAGAAGGCCCUCGUCUUCUACCGCGGCCGCCCUCCCAAGGGCACCAAGACCAGCUGGAUCAUGCACGAGUACCGCCUCGCCGCAGCCGACCCGCUCUCCAAGCCCCCCUCCUCCUCCUCCUCCUCCUGCAGGUUCCGCAACGUCUCCAUGAGGCUGGACGACUGGGUGCUGUGCCGGAUCUACAAGAAGUCCGGCCAGGCGUCGCCGAUGGUGCCGCCGCUCGCCGCCGAGUACGACCACGACGAGCCGUCCGGAGUCUUGGACGACGCCUACAGCUUCUACGCGCCGCCGAGCAGCGCCGUCAUCCCUAAGCUGCCCAAGAUCCCGUCCAUCUCCGAGCUCUUCGACGAGCACGCGCUCGCGCAGAUCUUCGACGCCGCCGACGUCCCGGCCGACCACCACAACCACGUCAACCAGAAUCUCGCCGUGGUUCACCCCUCCCUGAACCAGCUCCUGUCCGUCGGCGACAACUUCCUCGCGGACUGCUACUCGUCGACGACGUCCCAGCUGGCCACCGCCGGCGGCAAGCGCAAGUCGAGCCCGGGAGAUCAAUGGGCCGGCCACACGCCGGCGAAGAGGCUGAACGGCUCGUGCUUCGACGUCGCGCCGCCGACCGUGGGCGGCUUGCAAGCGGCGCCGUCGUCAGUCCUGGGCGGCCUCAACCAUCAGAUGCUUCCUCCUCAGUUAUUCUGAAUACUUACAUUAGUAUCAACGACUAGAUUAACUGGCCAUGGAAAGCCAAUCGAAUUCGCGGAUGCUGCGAGCGACUUCAUGAUCAAUCUCGCUCGCCGACGACAUUAAGAUCGAUGAUGAUGAUGAUGAUUGGAGUACGGUAUAGAAUUAUUGUAGUAUUGAAGAACUAUGCAUGUAUACGAUCGAUUUUUUCUCCUACGUAUUCAUUUCAGGCACAGGGCAAAGCUAGCUGGAGCUUGAUAGUACUCUACACCGUAGAGAGAAUGUUGUACAAUUAAAUAUUACUAGAUAUGCAGAACAAUAAUAGUAUAGUCAAUUGAGAUAUAUAUACUAGUAUCUGAUAUUGUAGUAGAUAUCAAAUUAAGCAAUGGAUUCUGGCUCUUCUUUGGGAACUGGAAAA